GAGAGAGAGGGGAACAAAAUGGUAAAAGCAAAAGAACUACUGGCUUAGAUGGACACAAAAGGAAAGACAAUGGACAUGGGCUUUCUCCAGAAUUCAACAAAACUUCAAAAACAUUUAUUUGGAGAGAGAGAGAGAGAGAGAUGGGAUAAUUAAUGAUUGAUGAUUGAGGAGGAGGAGGAUAAAAAGAAGAGAUGGAGGUGGGCUAGCUCUCUCUCUCUCUCUCUCUCUCUCUCUCUCUCUCUCUCGAUUCUUGACUCUUAUAUGUUGGGCAAUUCUUCAACAUAGAUCUACUACAGUACUUUGUUGAAUCAGACAGAAGGGUCUGUUUGGGAUUGAGAAAAAAAGCGGAAGAAUCAAUUAAAAGCCAAUUAAGGUGUCUCCUUCUGCUCCAUUCAUAGCGCGCAAUCUUUUGCUUCUCCUGUUGCUCCACUCUCUCUCUCUCUCUCUCUCUCUCUCUCUCUAAAAAUCUUGGAAAUGGAAGGAGAUGAUCAAGAAAGGGCAGCUUCUUCAACGAAAGAAAGGAGAAGAAAGUUCAAGAGAAUUUGUGUGUUCUGUGGGAGUAGAGCUGGUCACAAAUCUGCAUUCAGUGAUGCAGCUCUUCAGCUUGGCAACCAGCUGGUUGAGAGAAAGAUUGAUUUGGUUUAUGGUGGAGGAAGUGUUGGUCUAAUGGGCUUGAUCGCCAAAACUGUUUUUAAUGGAGGUUGUCAUGUUCUUGGAGUAAUUCCAAGAGCUCUCUUGCAACAUGAGAUUUCAGGAGAAAGUGUAGGAGAGGUUAUAACAGUUUCAGACAUGCACCAAAGGAAGUCAGAAAUGGAGAAACAUGCUGAAGCUUUCAUUGCUCUUCCUGGUGGUUAUGGAACCAUGGAGGAAUUGUUGGAGGUGAUUGCUUGGUCUCAAUUGGGAAUUCAUGAAAAGCCGGUUGGGUUGUUAAAUGUGGAUGGGUAUUACAAUAGCUUGCUUGCAUUGUUCGAUAAAGGAGUGGAAGAAGGUUUCAUACAAGGUUCAGCUAGACAGAUUGUUGUUUCAGCAGAUACACCUGAAGAGUUAAUCAACAAAAUGGAGGAGUAUGUGCCAGUCCAUGACAGGGUUGCACCCAGACAAAGCUGGGAAAUAGACCAAUUAUUAGAGUCCACCACAGGUGGAGAAGCCUAAUGAAGAAGAAUCUUAGACCUUAAUCACCUCUAUCUCUGUAUAUAAAGACAUAUGCAUAACAUAUAUGUUUGUGAAGUUCCCAUUUCAAUCAAAACGAAAAAGACAGCAAAAGUUAGCACCUCUAGCAAGUGGGGAAACCCUAAGAUCCCCAUAUCUAAAUCACCCAUUUGAAUAAUGCUCAAGUAUGUUGUAGUUCCAUUAAUUAUAAUCUAAAGUAUUAUUUCCCUCU